ACCACCUCGCGCACAACAACCCACAACCAAUCGCCACAUACUGGUGACCACCCACCACAAACAUGUCCGAUCCUAGCGGCCCCGAAAGAUCCCCCGACCCGCUCCGCUUCACGAUCCUCGCCGGCAGCGCAUCCACCUCCGGUCCGCGCCUCGGACUCCUCACUCACGAUGCCCGAAACACACUCGAGACCCCGCACUACAUCGCGGAUACCUCACGAGGCGUCAUACCACACAUCACACAAGACACGUUCCGCAGGCACACAGAUGUCAAGGGCGUGUACGUCGCGCUGGAAGACUUCGUCGAAAAAGCACCCCUCAAAACACCCCCGAUAUACCUCCAACCCACGACCACAUCCCCCUCCUCCACCCUCCGCACCUUCACCGCCCUCCCAGACACCACCCUCUCCAUCCUCGCCCCCCGCCGCCUCUCCCCCAUCCCCUCCCCAAACCCAAACUCAUCCUCCUCCCUCGCAAUCUGCACCUCCGUAGGCUUCUCCGCCCUGUCCAUAGCCACAUACAUCUCCGCCGCCGCCCCAUCCCUCAACCCAGACAUCCUCGUCGCCCCCGCCGAUAUCCCCCACGGCAACCCCGCGCCCAGCCUCAAGCGCCGCGUCAAAAUGCUCGAUCGCACCGCUUCAUGGCUGACGGAUCUGCAACGCGCGAAGGGGAGAGUAGGGGGCGACUAUGCUGUUUUCGCGGCUGUGUUGCCGCUGCCCGUCGAGGCGCAGCGCUGGUAUUUGGAUUCUUUGCUCGACGCCGUCACUGACGACGGACACGGUGAUGGAGAAGGGCACGCCCUCCCCGCCGGUCUCGCCAUCUACGACCCCUCCGCCAUCCCCGCUCUUCCGCAACCCCUCACGCACCUCCCCCGCCUCUGCCUCGCCCCCGCACACUCCCCAUCCCAACUCCUCCACUCCAUCGCCCUCGGCGCAGACCUCACUCUCGCCCCCUUUCUCAGCACCGCCACGGACGCCGGCAUCGCGCUGACUUUCACCUUUCCUGCGCCUCGGGGGGCCUCGCCAGAAUCAAAAUCAGAUUCAGAAUCAGAUUCACAACAACAACAAGCAGAGAAACACCCCCUCGGCACAUCCCUCUGGAACCCCACCGCACACGCCCUCUCCACCGCCCCGCUGCAGGCCGGUUGCGCGUGUUAUACCUGUGCGCGCCAUCAUCGCGCAUAUGUGCAUCAUUUGCUUGCUGCCGGGGAGAUGUUGGCUUGGACGCUGGUGCAGGUGCAUAAUUUGGCUUGUUUGGAGGGGUUUUUUCGCGGGGUGAGGGGGGUUUUGGGGGGGGAGGGAGAGGGGGGGAUUGUGGAUGGUGGGGAGGGAGAGGGGGGUAUGGAGGGAAGGGUUAAGGGGAGGUUUGAGGAGGAGAGGGCGAGGUUCGAGGACUGGUAUGAGGUGGAGAUGCCGGUUAGUGAGGGGGUGAGGCCGCGCGGGAGGGGGUAUAUGGGGUUGGGUCUGGGGAGUGCGGAUGGUGGGGGGAGGGGGAGGGGGAAGGGGAAAUUGAAUGGGGGUGGGAAGUGGAAGGGGGGAGGCUUGGGGAUGGGGAUGGGAAUGGGAAAGGGGGGAAUGCGGAGGUUGUAG